AUGAAGAUUGAAAAUGCCACUCUCAAGGAAAGCAUGGAAAGUAUGGACCUUCUAAUUUCUUCAAUUCACAGACUUCGCCUUGCACUUCUGAAGGUCAAAGAGUCACAUACUCAUGAAGGUACAGUUACUGGCCUGCCAGAAGCUCUUGAUGAGAUCAUAUCUGAGGCUAGACUUGUGAAGACUGCCCUUGGAAGCUCCUUACCGAUUAGUUGGUCUUCUGAGGCAGAUAAUGUAUCAAUUGGUGAAAGUGUCCACAAUAAGCUAACUGAUGUUUUUGGAGAAUCCAGUAGUGAGACGAAAGAUCCUGUUUCUGCUGCAGGUUUUGAAAUGGUGGAGCUUCUGGUACUUGCGGCUCAGAUACUAAAGGAUAAAACCAUAAGGGGUUCCUAA